UUCCUUCCUGGGUCACAUGCUAGUCGAGCCGGAUCAGCUGACAUCACCCAGCUUCUCUUUUUGAUUCUCUUCUUCCUCCAUCGACUGAUAGCGCUUCGUAAAUCUGCAUUAUAUCGCUACCUGGGCUGUACUGGCAUCAGAUUUGAAAUUUGGGCCAAGUAUAUCUUGCUGAUCCAGCAGGUUAACCCGGUGGGUAGAUGCUACUAGAGUGGAUGAUGAACGGACACGCCAUUCUUUACACGGGGGUCACUUUGGCCUUCUGGAGCACCAUACUAAUCGUUGGGAUCUGCUACACUAUUUUUGACCUGGGAUUCCGCUUUGAUGUGGCAUGGUUCCUGACAGAGACUUCUCCUUUCAUGUGGGCCAAUCUGGGCAUUGGUUUGGCCAUCUCGUUGUCUGUGGUGGGAGCUGCCUGGGGGAUCUACGUCACUGGCUCUAGCAUUAUUGGUGGUGGUGUCAAGGCUCCACGAAUCAAAACCAAAAAUUUGGUCAGCAUUAUCUUCUGUGAAGCUGUUGCAAUCUAUGGAAUCAUCAUGGCUAUUGUCAUCAGCAAUAUGGCCGAGAACUUCAGUGGAACGACUCCUGAGACUAUUGGGGCACGAAACUACCAAGCUGGUUACUCCAUGUUUGGAGCUGGUCUGACUGUGGGCUUUUCCAACCUCUUCUGUGGCAUCUGUGUCGGCAUCGUGGGCAGCGGAGCCGCUUUGGCAGAUGCCCAGAACGCCAGCCUCUUCGUGAAGAUCCUCAUUGUGGAAAUCUUUGGAAGUGCCAUCGGCCUGUUUGGUGUCAUUGUAGCUAUUCUGCAGACGUCGAAAGUAAAGAUGGGUGACUAGAAUGUGCAUUCAAAUGCUGAGAAGACAGACACACUGCUGGAACAAAACAAAAAAAAGAUCGAUUAUUGUGUAAAUACAUCGUAAAUUAUUUAAAUGUCUCUAUUUGCCUGAUAUUUUUUUUUUUUAACUAUCAUCCAUACAAGAGUUGGUACAUCCAUGCCCUGCUCUUAAUUCUUAAGGGAAGAAUGAAAGUUGAAGAAAACAGCAUAUUUUGCAUUUCAUACCUUUAAAAAAAAAAAAAAUCAAUAUAUGACAUAAAUGAGUGAACUCUGUGAUGAUUUAGCCUGAUGAGCAGUAGAAGUAAACGGGGCAGUCUGAAGAGCGGCUAGAUGGAUUCACUCUGCAUUUAAGGAGAGGUUUACACCGAUAACUGUUUAAUUUGCAUCAUUUUUAUCUGACCGCUCUUGUUGAAUGGUAGUUAAAAAUUAGACUGGAGUAUUUGAAAAAAUUUGUGUGUGUGUGUGUGUGUGUGUGUGUGUGUGUGCGCGCGCAGGACAUGUGAUCUUUUUUUCCUGUGAAGCAUGAGGAUGUUUGUCAUUGUGUUUGUAGCCUGGUCUGUCAGAUCUGUUUCUUUUUUUUUUUUUUUAAUCUGUUCUUUGCUGAUAGGCUGAUGGUCCUAACCCACACAGCAGCCAUAAUACAGUAUUUAUCAGGCUUCCUGAUCACUAAGGUUAGGUGGC